AAGACGUGACUUGGAUGCAUGCCGGGCCUACACGAGUGGUAUAUAAGCGCGAGACAACGGACUGUAGCCACAGGUUACCAGUAGCCAACAAGACAGCAACAUGUACAAGCAGGUGAUCGUCGUCCUGGCCGUGGUGGCCGCCUGCCUGGCCGCCCCCGGACCCAAGCCGGCCCCCGGCCUGCUGGCCAGCUACGUGGCCGCCGCCCCCGUCGCCUACACCGCCCACGCAGUCGCCGCCCCCGUCGCCUACACCGCUGCCGCAGCUCCAGUGGCUUACGCCGCCCCAUACUCUGCUGCCUACUUCGCCCCAUACACUGCUGCCUACAGGGCCGCCAUCUUAGGAUGAACGACAGUCCUAUCGGACUGCUCCACCUUUGUUGAUUUAAUCACCGUGAAUAAAUCUUCUUUCAUGUGA